AAUCUGCCAAACACAGUCUCAGUCUCUGGAUAUCAUCUUCCUUCUUCACCUACCAUUUCUCCGCCUAGAGAGAGGGUUACUGCUUACUGGUGCUCUCCGCUUUGUCUCUUUCGUCAAGAGAAGAAGAAAUGGCUUGCUCCGCCACGUCAACCACUGGUCUCAUCUCCUCAAUAGCCGCCACUACCAAAUCCAUGGCUUCUCCUAUCUCAAAACCUUCUCAAACCCUAACUUUACCCACUUCCUUCUUGGGUCAACGUAAGCCCCUUCAAUCUCGCGCCCCUCGAUCCAUCUCAUUGAAUCGUGGUUCUCAUUCGAGGAAAAGCUUCGUUGCCAAGGCCAGUGGUGACCUUCCACUUGUUGGAAAUACAGCACCAGAUUUCGAGGCAGAGGCUGUUUUUGAUCAAGAGUUCAUUAAGGUUAAACUAUCAGAAUAUAUUGGGAAGAAAUAUGUGAUUCUCUUUUUCUAUCCAUUGGACUUCACAUUUGUUUGCCCAACAGAGAUCACUGCUUUCAGUGAUCGCUAUGGAGAGUUUGAGAAGCUAAACACUGAAAUAUUGGGUGUUUCAAUUGACAGUGUGUUCUCCCACCUUGCAUGGGUUCAAACAGAUAGAAAGUCAGGCGGUCUAGGAGAUCUGAAGUAUCCCUUAAUAUCUGAUGUCACUAAAUCCAUUUCAAAAUCUUAUGAUGUGCUAAUCCCUGAUCAGGGAAUUGCUUUGAGGGGACUUUUCAUUAUUGACAAGGAAGGAGUAAUCCAGCACUCCACCAUUAACAAUCUUGCUAUUGGGCGAAGUGUUGAUGAGACAUUGAGAACACUCCAGGCAUUGCAAUAUGUGCAAGAAAAUCCGGAUGAAGUUUGCCCAGCAGGGUGGAAGCCUGGAGAGAAGUCCAUGAAGCCUGACCCCAAGCUGAGCAAGGAGUACUUUGCAGCAAUAUAAGGGGGAUUAGUGUUGACAUCUCAAAUUGCAUAUCCAUAGGGAAAUGUAAACAUUUUUGUUGUUUUUUCAUGUAAUGUAUCGUUGGCUUCGUGAGUUUUAGGAGCAGUUUCUGCCUUUCUGGAAUAAGGGCAUUGAGAAAGAACUUUGUUAUUUUUGUGAAAGGAUUGAUGAAGCAAACAAAAUGGCUUCUCUCUCUUGAUUCCUUGUUUUAUAUGUGUGUGUGAAUGAUUUGUUUUGUAAUGUUAUAAACAAAUAAGCAACGCCUUGGAAAUUUGAAUAGAA